CCCUCAUCUCCCUCACGGCUACAUUUGGAUGUGUCCCUCCUGCCUCUCCUUGUCUUCAGUGCCGAGCUCUUCUCCCGCGGAUUAAUGGAAUCUGAACGGACAAGGACCCAAGAUGUCAUGAGGAUCCAUCUUCCAAAUUAGAUAUGAUAUUAGCCUUUCUGAUUACUGGAACGAAAUGUGAAAAUCCAAUCUAGGCUCCUGCUGUGCCACUAAGACUCUUUGAUGGGUAGACAGACCUUUUUCGUAAUGGCUGAUUGAUUUUGGAAGUGCUCUCAAGGGCGCUGUAAGAGCUGUUUCCAAAAUGAGCGAGCGAGGAGAGCAUUUCGGUGAGAGGGAGUUAGGGAACAACAACCAGCAGGUUGGCGUGCUGGCUGAAGGGGAUGCCAACGCCAAUGAUAUCCAGACAGAGGAUGGCGGCACGGCGGGUGACACUGGCACGCUUUCUGGCCUGACGACUGAAACAGCACAGCAGGACAAAGUCAUCAUCUGGGGUACAGACUCCCGGUGUGACGACCCCGAGCUGGCCGAGUUUGAGAUGCUGGAGUGUCAGGAGUUGGAGGCCUACCUGGUCGAGGAUGGAGAGGACUUUGUCGGGCUUACAGACCAGAAAGAGCUUCAACAAAAGCCUUCACCACGCUGCGAAGCCAGAGUAGAACAGGUGACAGAUAAUCAGAGCAGGGAAGAGAGAAAGUCCAUGCUGCAUGGCGCCAGUGAUCAGGAAUCCAGUGCCUCUCGUGUCUCUGAGAGCAGGGAGGCGUCCAGGACUGAGUUAAGUUCAGAAACCGAUGUUUUUGUGUCCUGUCUGUCCACCAUUUCAAGCAUGGACACUGCUAUGGACACUGCUGGCAGGAGCCAGACAACAGACUCCUGGCACAUUGCCACUGGUCCUUACUCAACCAUCUCAGAAGACGUGACUCUGGUUUCCCAGACUGGCAAGGCCUCUCAAAGAGCUGAUCACCCUCCCCUCUCCCCUGGGAAAAGCACAAUACACAGGAAAGAUGUGGACAUGAAUUUGAAUUCAACAGUUCACUCAGAGGAUGCGGCAUCACAGGCACAAGUGCGCAACGGAGUUAUUCCGUGUAAGGAUGCCAUUGAUGAGCACAGAGAGAACAAUAACCAGAGAAAUAAAGCAGGCAAUAGCGUCCCAGGGGGAGACUGUGAUCAAAGGAGAAGUGCAGAGCACAAGGGUUUACCCAAUACAAAAACAUCACAUGAAGAAAGCACUAAAAUGGAUAAAAGCACACAAGCUGAUGAGGCCCCUGACAUGAACCCACCCACAACAGGUACAAAAGGGACUCAGUCAUCAAUUGAAUCCAAAGCCAUAAAGAAAGGAGGAUCAUUUGAUAACUCGUUGAAAAAUCCAAACUCUUUUGACAAGAGUUUUAAAAAGCAGCCAUCAUUUGAGAAUACUUUCAAGAAGCAGCCAUCGUUUGAGAAUACUUUCAAGAAGCAGCUCUCCUUUGAUAACACCUCCAAAAAGCAGGGCUCUUUUGAGAACCCAGUCACGUCCGGCUCUUCAAGUCUGGAGAGAAGGAAGCCAUGGGGAAGCCCCAGUCGUCCAGCAACUCCCACCUCCCCGAAAACAACUUCCUGUUCCCCCAAGAGACGACCGCCUGGUUCUCCAGCCAAGGUCCACAGCGGCAGGGCACUGAGCUUGGAGCGCAGCAACUCCCCUCAGAGAGCAUUAAGUCAAACAGUCAAACCACCAGGUAAGACAGGUUUGAGCAGUUGCAUCCCCAAACCUGUCACGUGUCAGCAGAAAGAGCCUGAACCCAGGAGGUCUUCUCCUCCCCAGAAGCCUAAAAAUGUCAGACCAAAAAUCAUCACCUAUGUUCGAAAGAAUCCCCAAGCAAAACCCCAAGGGACAGAUGCCCCGCUGGAAGCCUCUACACUCCCAGUAAGACUAUCUUCUUACUCCAGCCCUCCAGCUCAUAAAGAUCCAAAGAUUGGUCCUCAACCUAAAUCCACGCCGGUGCUAUGUUCCUCCAACCUGCUGUUUGACAAAUAUCGACAGGAGAUGCAGAAGGCUGGGUACUAUCCUCCAGCCAUGGCUGGGACUGGGGCGAAACCUCCAAGCAGCACCAUCCCUCAAAGGCUGAGUGGAAAGUCGGGCAGUUUUCAUGAGGAUAUGCCUGAGAAAUAUCUCCAAGAGCCUGUUUCCCAAGAAGGAGGCAGUGUCUACCGCUCACCCAGAGCUCUGAGGCCUCAGCUGGGGUUAGGGGCGGUCACCAGGCAGCCUGCAGCCAAGACAAGAGUUCAACAGACAGGCCAAAGGUCAGCGCCGGGCCCAGGCCAGUGCGCUCAGGCUGCCGCAACGGCUGCCCGAGGCUACCAGGACCCUGCAGGAGAGCAAAAGAGGUCAGGAGAAAGAGGUCCAGAAGCCACCCCUAAGAGCGUCCUGGUGAAACCAGGCCAGUCUGGUCUCCGUCCUCCAGGCUUCACCGCCCUGCCAGCUGCCCGUCUGGCCACCUUCGGCUUCGUCCGGAGCUCCAGUGUCUCGUCGGUGUCCAGCACCCAGUCUAACGACAGCAGUCACAGUGAUCCCUGCCGAGCCUCUCAGCAUCCGGGCAGUGGCAGCGACGACACACCUCUCCACAACGCCACAGCGCCCCCCAGCGAAGCCCCCCACGUUCAGAGCCGGCCUCACCCUCCCAACGCCCCCAGCCUCCAGCGCCGCAGUCUGCCGCCGCAGCGCUGCUCCCCGCUUGCCUCGAGGAGAGAAAGGCAGAAGGACACAGAGGCUGUUUUGCCACCAAAGUCCUCUCCCAAAAGAUUUGCAGUGGUAUCGCCCAAACCAUUGUCCCCUGUUGGUGGGCGGACAGCAGCAGUUGCUGGUGUUGUUGGGACUGAACGGGCCCAGGAGUUGGACCGGGCUCUGAUCCAGCAGCUGCGGGAACGCUGUGAGCAGCAGGACCUUCAGCUGCAGAGCCUUCAGGCCCAGUUAAAGAAGGCCUCCCUGUGCCUGGACGUUUUCAGCAUCACUACCCAGCACUUCUGUCACAAGAGUGAGAGUGCCGUUGUGAAGGAGAGGGAACUGUCCCUGGAGCUCGCCAGAAUCAGGGAUGAAGUGGCUUUCAGUGUUGCACACUGGGAGCAACUGCAGCAGGAGAAGGAGGAACUGGAGCGUCGUUUCAAGGCUGAGCUGCAGGGAUUGCGGGCUCAGCAGCAGAGGGAGCUGGGAGUGCUGGAGGAGCGGCUGAAGGCGCAGCACGUGGCCCAGACCGAGAGCCUGCAGGCCCAGCAACGGGCCGAGCUGGAGGAACUACGGGUCAAACAGCAAGAACAGAUUGAGGAGAUGAGUGAGAACCAGGAGGCUGCCCUGAUGGAGAUGGAGACGGCUCACGAUGACACACUGGCCACUCUGCAGGAGGAGCAUGCCAGGACCGUGAAGAAUCUGAAGAUGGCCCAUGAACAGCAGACCAAGUCUCUGGAAGAAGAGUUUGAAAAGAUCAGACUGUCACUGCAGGAUCAGGUGGACACGCUGACGUUUCAGAACCGCAGCCUCAGAGAUCGAGCCAAGCGCUUUGAAGAAGCUCUGCGCAAGAGCACAGAUGAGCAGAUUGUGGAUGCGUUGGCACCGUAUAAACACAUUGAUGAGGACCUGAAGAGUCUGAAAGAAGUUCUGGAGAUGAAGAAUCAACAAAUCCAUCAACAGGAACUGAAGAUAUCAGAACUGGAGAAAAUAGCUGAAAAGAAUGUGUACCUGGAGGAGAGACUCCAAGUGUUACAGCAGCAGAACGAGGACCUGAAGGAAAGAAUAGACAAGAACCUUGCUGUGUCCAGGCAACUCUCUGAGGAUAAUGCCAACCUGCAGGUGAACGUGGUGAAGGAGAGCAAUGAGAAGAAGCGUCUGAGUCGCACUAACGAGGAACUGCUGUGGCGUCUUCAGACCGGCGAGCUGAGCCCUCGCAUGUCCCCCAGCUCCUCCCCCAUCCAUCAACCCUCCUCCGGCCCGGGCUCCCCGGCCCGCCCACACUCCUACCAUCAAUGACUCUCUCAGUGGAAGCACUUGUAUCAAACGCUUUCUUUUAUCUGGCAUCGGAAGCCCUGUUAUUUUUUAUUGUUAUCUUUGUCGAAUGUUACACUAGAUGGACGGACACAUUUCUUUUUGGAAAUGCCGCUCACCCAUGUGGUGCAUUUCCCAAAGUCAAGCCCCAGGAAUUUUAUUCGCUGACAUAAAGAAUUGUAUUAAUCACGCCUCUUAUUGUUCAAAAGGGAAUCCUCUGCCCUCCUCUUUCACUAUUACACCUGAACGCCACAACGAAACAGACGUGCUGUGCUGUGAUACUGCAGCAGAUUAAAGACCCGGUCAUUGUCGACUUCAGAGAGCAGGAUCAGAGUCCCGGUGCCUCAUUUCCAUGUUUUUUUCGCCUCCCAUCUACAUCACCGCCUUCUCAUCCAGCGCUCAGGAUGAUGGAUGUACGAGACAUAGCAAACAUCCAAAAGUGCAACAAGGAACACAAGAAGCGCCUUUGCCGUCCAUUCUCUCCCACCAGCAACGUCUAUCAAGGGCAUAGGCAAAAGUUUUAAAAAAAAAUCACAAAACUACCUUCAGUAAGUUACAAAGUGUGGAUUCUUCUCUGGGGUGUGUUAACCUUUUCAUGUAGUUGAAGUAUUUCAUAUAUCAGGAGUGUAUGAAUGACUACCCAUUUAACCUCAAUCAUCCAUCCUACAUUUCUCCUUAAACUACUGGAUCUCAGUGUAGACCUAAAACGUGUAGAGCAUAAGCAUAACA